AUGCCUCUCAGGACCAAUCGGUCACUCAGUGGCAUAGCUUCAUACAAGUGCUGGCAGGAGAAGCUUGGCUAUAAUGGUGCGGACGCUGAUGGUUGGCCAGGCAAAAAAUCCUGGAACCUACUGAGGGUUCCGUUGACUGGGGAAGAGGACGUGAACAACGACAUCGCAGUCUCCUUUUGGGUCAAAGCCUUUAUUCCAUUAAAUGUUGACAAGGUCACCAGACCCUAUCCCAAAGAUAGCAACAGGACUAUGAUCGACGGAAUUCCUAUUACUGGCGACUGCUUUCUGACUGAUCAACGUGGCUUCAGUAACGCCAGUGGCGCAUCAUCGAGAAUGCAAUCUCAGGUUUGGGUAUGGGUCAGGCCUAAUGGCUACCGGUGGUCACAGCGGCGCUAUUGCGACGAAACUAUAGAGGUUGAUUGUGAAGAUGGCGAUCAAGGCGUCCUUGAAUUUAAAGCUGCGCGAAACAAUCCUCUAGUCACUGGUUCACCAGAUAUUGAUCUGAGAGGGACAUUGACUGUUGACCGUGAGCACAAGUUUGUCGAGUUUAUAGGCACGGUCGAUGACUUUCCAGCCUUUGAGUCGUAUGUCUCAGUCAACAAAAGGUUGUUCAUGUACAGUCGCUCGACGUGGACCAAAAAAGGGGGCUGGGCCAGGCUCGCUGUUUGGAGAUGCAAAUAG